AUGGAGGCACAGACAAGCUCGCCAGCGGCCGCCGCCGCGCCACUUCCCCCGGACGAUCUCCUUCGGGAGAUAUUCCUGCGCCUCCCGCCGGAGCCGAUCCACCUCUUCCGCGCCUCCUUCGUCUGCAAGCACUGGCGCGGCCUCGUCCAUGACGCCCGCUUCCUCCGCCGCUUCCAUGAUUUCCACGGCGGCACACCUCCCGUGCUCGGCUUCUUCAACCAGAAAGGGCCUCCCUUCUUCGUCCCCACCUCUGGCGGCUUCGCGCUCUCCACCGCCACGAUGUCCCCAGAUGACUGGUGGGCCCUCGACUGCCGCCACGGCCGCGCCCUCAUUGAGAGCUGCCGCACUGGGAUGCUGCUUGUCUGGGACCUCGUGACCGGCGACAAGCAGUACCUACCGCUCCCCGCGCAGGACUAUGCUCAGUACAAUGGCGUGGUUCUGUGCGCGGCCGGCCACGCCGACCACCGCGACUGCCAUUUGUGCCCGUUUCUCGUGGUGUUCGUGUUCAGUGACGACAGGGAUUUCAUCACCUCCGCAUGCGUCUUCUCGUCCGUGACCGGUGCCUGGGGUGAGAUCACUUCGAUUGUUAUACCAGAUGCAUUAAUUCUGCCAAAGCCGACGGCUCUGGUUGGAAACACGAUCUACUUCCCGUUGGAUAACAAUAACAUCAUGGAGUUCCUUUUGGAUAAGCAUAGCUUGGAUUUAGUUGAGGAGGUGCCAUAUACCUACGAUCAGACUAUCAUCAUGCCGACAAAGGAUGGAUGCCUCGGUUUAGCUGGAGUGGAACGAUUCAAUUUCAAUCUUAAUCUGUGGUCAAAGGUGGCGAGCAUUGACGGGGUGGUGACAUGGACACAUCUAAGGGUCAUUGAACUCGAAAAAAUUCUUGCGCCUGAAGCGGUGUCAGCGUGUAUGGUUGGAGGUAUUGGAGCCCAUGCAGUUGGUUGUGCGGUAGAUGCGGAUGUGAUCUUCAUCGAUGUGUAUCCUAGCAUCUAUAUGAUCCAUCUCAAGUCCAUGAAGAUAGAGGAGGUGUCGAAGAAACGAAUCGGCAGACAAUAUGUUUUUCAUUACACAAGUUUCUACACUCCAGGAAUUACCAUUGGUGGUGCAAAUGAUCAAGUUGAACUGCUGAACAACAGUUGAGAUGAUUGUGCUGUUACAUCUGCUGAUACGCUUUGUUGGUUCAAGAGGUUUCCGUCGAGCGGUGAAUGUGGCUGUAAACGAACUGCUACUCCUUGAGAAGUGUGUCGCUCACUUGCAAAACAUGAGGAGUUAAUAGCAUGAUGUUGACCAACUGCAACGGUGGUUGGUAAAACAUAGAUCAUCCUAUGAAAUAUUGCUGAUGACAAGAGCCUGUUCGAGUUUGAUUGGCCUCUGGUUGUCCAUUUGUGGCUUUAAUAAUGCUCUGUAGCACAUUCGUGCUGAACCAAUAUUUUAUGUUUUUCUUCAGAGAUUCCCAUGGCUUUGUGAUCUCUAUGAUCGUCCGCUAAAAAUUGUCACAGUUUGUUCUUUUCUUUUUUGGUGUACCGUCGCAAUGCUGUGUAAUGCACAAAAUUGAACUCUGCUAGUGUGAUGGCAUGGCAAUAUGGCAGGUGCUAUACGCCUAUACCUGGGAAGUAUA